AUAUUUCAAAAAUCACACACAAAAAAUCCAUACCAAAGCAAAAAAAAAGGUUCAAAAAGAGUAUUGUAUAGCUGGCAUGGCAAAGAGCAAAGACGGUUCGCUACUUAACCGGUUGAGACAAGCCGUGAAUAAAGUAAGAUUCGUGUUAAGUUUCCAGAUAAACAGCCUCUGGGGUCUCGUACCGAUGCUUGGUUCUUCCUCUUCUUCUUCGUCAAUUCGGUUAAGUUUCAACGAUAGACCCGGUUUAACGGCGGCUUUUGCAGAGAAUGAACCGGAAUCAACUGGUUCUUCAAGGGGAGCGUUGUAUAGAACCGUGAGUUAUGAUCAAUCUUCAGAUGAAGACAUAGACAACAAAGCUGAGAUGUUCAUAGCUAAUUUCUACAGACAGCUUAAGAUUGAGAGACAAAUCUCUCUGGAACUUAAAUAUUGCCAGGGUAAUAAUCAGAGUUUCAACUAUAGAUCGCCUUAAUCAAUGUUCAUAUUUUUAUUUAUUCAUUCGUUUAUUUGGUUGUUAUACUAAGUAACUAAGAUCCUAUAAUUUUCAUUGGGUCUUAGCUGAUGAUGAGAGGCCUGCUAUUUUUUUUGUAAUGGUAGGCUUAUCCAUUAUCAUUAGUGAGUCACAUUUGUUCAUUUACAUUUAUAAUUAAUUAAUGUAACCAUGAGAGACAAAUGUGAUGAUGUAAUGUCAUGUUAUUGAUUCGAGUAUUAAAAUUUGUAUUGCUUG